AUGAUGCUCCUUGUCCUGCUGCCAACCUGGCUGGCCAUGGGCAUCCUGCAGCUGCCCCUUGGCAGUGCCCAGGAGUGCCUGAGCCCGCAGCAGGCACUCAGUGUGGUGCGGCAGAUGCAGAGGCUGCUGGCAGCACAGGAGGCUGCCCAACUGCAUGGCACGCGCGGCCUCUGGCAGCAGCUACUUGUCCUCCAGAGCCACCUCCAGAGACCAGCCACCAAAUGUAAUGAGACCUGUCCACAGCCGGUGGUGCCCCUGAAUGGACAGGUGCUGGGCCGGAGUGUGCGGGUGGGCCAUGACAUUCACUUUGUCUGUGAUGCUGGUUUCUGGUUGGUGGGCUCUGAGACACGCAGGUGCAGGCAGGACCGCAUGUGGAGCAGCACCCAGCCCUCCUGCAAAGGUAUUGAUGACUGCUCCAGCAACCCAUGUGCCAACAGUGGGACCUGUGUGGAUGGCAACCGGAGCUACACGUGCCUCUGCCCCCGGGGCUGGUCAGGCCCCAGCUGCCAGAGCCCCAUCUCCUCUUACUGGGUGACACUGAGCAAUGCCUCCUUCAGCCACCAGCCCCGCUGUGCCGAAGGCCGCCCAGGCUCCCGGCGCUGCAGCUGCGACCCCGGCUUCCAGAUGCAAGACAGCAGCAUGUGCCAUGACGUGGAUGAGUGCCAGCUCUUCCAGUCCAUUCCCCAGACCCGGCUUUGCCUCCAUGAGUGCCUCAACCUCCCCAGCUCCUACCGCUGCCUCUGCCCAUCUGGUUACCUUCUCCAUUCUGACCGCAAUGUCUGUGAGGAUGUGAAUGAGUGCACUGGGAAGCAGCACAACUGCACUCAGGGCGACGUCUGCAUCAACACCUUUGGGGGCCACGACUGUGUGCACCCCAAGUGCCCCCCACCACGCCACAACACCAGCUAUGUCAAGACCUCUGCCUUCCAGUGCAACAGGAACCCAUGCCCCAUGGAGAGCCGAGCCUGCCAUCUGGCCCCCACCUCCAUCUUCCGCUACCUGCCGCUCCAGGCCAACCACACUGUGCCCCAUGUGCUCUUCAAGAUGACCACCACCCACUUCGUGGGUGACAGCCUGCGCUUUGCCAUUACUGGUGGCCAGGGGCAGGGUGUCUUUGCUGUGAGGUGCUCUGGCCGGCAGGCAGGAGAGCUGGUGAUCACCAGCCCUGUGGUGGGACCAGCCACACUGGAGGUGGAGCUGGAGAUGAGCGAGUUCUCCCGCAAGGUCCUCCUGGGCAAGCACAUCUUCAAGGUCACAGUCUUUAUGUCCCCAUAUGAGUUUUGA